AUGGCUCCGUAUGAGGCUUUGUAUGGGCGUAAGUUCACAUCUCCUAUAGGGUGGGUUGAUGUUAGAGAAUCUAGGCUACAUAGGCCAGACUUGGUUCAACAGGCCAUAGAGAAAGUAAAGCUUAUCCAGGAGCUAUUGUUGACAACUCAGAGUCGUCAGAAGUCAUAUUCUGACAUGCGGAGACAAGACUUAGAGUUCGGUGUUGAUGACUGGGCAUUCACACAGAAUAUAGAAAGUGGCAGGCGUCGGCAGCAGGGUACAAAGAGGAGUGAGCAAGGGCAGCGUAAGAGGAUGAGAGUUUCCAGGUCUCAGAAGCAGUCUCAGGGUAGUUAUAGGUCCCCAGUGAGAGCUCACGGGCGUCAAGUUUGCAGCAAAAAUGAGGUUCAGGGCAGACAUGGUCAUUUUUGCCGCAGUGCGACAUCUGUGGUGGAGGACACUUGGGCCAAUGCUGAGCAGUGCAUUGGGGAUGCUACCCCAGUGGUGCCCACUGAUGAUGUACAGAUCACAGAGGACUUAUCAUAUGAGAAAGUUCCAGUUUCCAUCCUAGACCGACAAAUUUGCAAGCUACGAAAUAAGGAGUUAACCUCCGUGAAAGUUUUAUCGAGAAGCAAGAACGUGGAAGAGAUGAUAUGGGAAGCGGAGGGAGAAAUGAAGUCUAAAUACCCCCAUCUAUUUCAAACCGAAGAUAUGUCUCGUGAUGGGAUACUUCAGCACUGCUCUAUUUAG